CAGAGAGGCGGGGGAUUGCGAACAAACCGACUGACUGGAGGUCUGCGGCGGACUCAGUCGGAGCAGCCGACACUGAAAUAGGUGGGAAAAGUUGUUCCUGACCACCUCUCCGGUCGACACGGAAAAGAGAGAGACGCCGCCGGAGUUUUUAAAGCCCAGGAGUUACUGCAGACAAACAUGAGGAGCCCUCCAGGCCUGGGUCGCUGAACAGUUGAGGUCAGAGUUCAAGCGCUUGUUCCGGCAGUCAUGGCUGACAGAGAGGGGCUGCCCAUCGCCCCGGGCCAGGUCUACAUAGAGGUGGAGUACGACUACGAGUACAAGGCCAAAGACAAGAUGGUGGCUAUCCGCCAGGGAGAGUGCUACAUACUGGUGAGGAAGACUAAUGAGGACUGGUGGCAGGUGAGGAAGGAGGAGGGCACAAAGGCCUUUUAUGUUCCGGCGCAGUACGUCAAGGAGGUACGCCGGGCACUCAUGCCCCCCCAGAAGCCCACCCUGAGGGCCAAGCCCACUGUUUUGGAUAUUUGCCGGGCGUCCAAUGAAAACCUCAACAGACCCCAGCCGGAAAUGUCCAGCUUUGGACGUCCUUCACCUUCCUCCACCCCUUCGCCGUCCUCUGACCGCGUCACACCCCCAGUUCUCCCUAAGGAUGCUAACCAGAACAUGGGGAGUCCCCAUCACUGCAAGGUGGUCGCCGAACUGGUACUUCUUCACAACAACAACAACCAUCACCACGCCAACAAUUCCACGUUGCCACGGACACGGGCAGACUCGCCUCCGCUCAAAGUGGGAAACAACCACAGCAGAAGUCCAGACAGUGACAAGACCUCGCCACCGAGCGAGCUGCCGGGAGAUGGGCUCAACAAGCUCCGCAACGAUUCAGAGUCUGGGGACGAGCUGAGCAGCAGCUCCACAGAACACAUGCAGACAACAUCACCUACAGGCCAGGGCCGGUCCGACUCUCCGGUCUACACCAACCUCCAGGAGCUGAAGAUCUCGCAGUCCAGUCUGCCGCCCAUCCCCUCUGGCUCACCUCUACACAUCCUGGGCGACUGGGAGACCCACAAAGACCUGAGCGGCAGGCAUUUCUACUACAACCGAGCCACCGGGGAGCGCACCUGGAAGCCUCCGCGCACCAGGGACACCAGCGGCAGCACCAGCAGUAUCCGCGGAGACAGCCAGGGGACUGUUGAUAGUGAGCUGCUGUCCUCAGAGGAGAACUACCACAGCACCCACUCCAGUCAGUCUGACAGCCAGUACGGGUCGCCCCCUAGAGGCUGGUCGGAGGAGUUGGAUGAACAUGGACACACUCUUUACGUGUCUGAAUACACACAGGAGAAGUGGAUAAAGCAUGUGGAUGAACAAGGACGGCCCUACUACUACAGCGCUGAUGGAUCCAGGUCAGAGUGGGAACUGCCCAAGUAUAACAUCUCCCCUCAGUCUGGCGAGGUUCCCAAGAGUCGCAGUCUGGAGAGGAAGCAGCAGGAUCCCAUCGUCCUCACCAAGUGGAGACACAGCACCUAUGUGUUAGACCUCAAUGACAAGGAGUGUGCUCCGGUGCCCAAGCAGAGCUCUCCAGACUCUGACUCCUGCCCCUCAUCUCCUAAGCACCCCUCGACCCCUUCAGAGAAGUGUGGAGUCCUCAAUGUCACCAAAAUCACAGAGAAUGGAAAGAAAGUCAGGAAGAACUGGACCUCAUCGUGGACAGUGCUGCAGGGUUCCUCUCUGCUCUUUGCGAAGGGUCAGGGGGGCAGCACCAGCUGGUCUUACUACCGCAGUGGCUCCAUCCCAGAGCUGCUCCUCACUCUCCUUAGCAACUGGAAGCACUCAGUCAAGUCCCGUCCUGCUGUCUCCUAUGUGAACUGUAGGCCAGUGCAGGCUGCCGCUAAGUUCGGCAGCAACCAGUCCAAGCCCGAGUUCACUGUGGAUCUGCGAGGGGGGUCUGUGGACUGGGCCUCUAAGGACAAGUCCAGCAAGAAGCAUGUCAUCGAGCUGAAGACCCGUCAGGGCACAGAGCUCCUGAUCCAGUCAGAGAUCGACAGCGUGAUCAACGACUGGUUCCGCGCCCUCACAGAGACCAUCAACACACAUGCCUGGGAGUCAGAUGAGGCCAUUGAGGAAGACAUGCCUGAGUCUCCAGGAGCUGAGAAACAGGACAAAGAGAAAGACCACCGGGACUCCAAGAAGAGCAGAGUGAUGAAGACCUCUGUGAGUAUGGACUCAUCAGACCAGAAGAAAACCAGGUUGAAGCUCAAGAAGUUCCUCACACGUCGACCCACGUAUCAGGCUGUCAGAGACAAGGGUUACAUCAAAGAUCAGGUGUUUGGCUGCAGCCUAACCAGUCUGUGCCAGCGCGAGAACACGUCAGUGCCCAACUUCGUCAAAAUGUGUAUCGACCAUGUGGAGAACACGGGUCUCAGUAUCGACGGCUUAUACAGAGUGAGCGGGAACCUGGCAGUGAUACAGAAGCUCCGCUUUGCUGUGAAUCACGAUGAGAAGGUGGAGCUGAAUGACAGUAAGUGGGAAGACAUCCACGUCACCACCGGAGCUCUCAAGAUGUUCUUCAGGGAGCUUCCUGAGCCGCUCUUCACAUACGGAUCCUUCAAUGACUUUGUUAACGCCAUCAAAUGCUCCGACUACAAACAGCGAGUGAAUUCAAUCAAAGACUUAAUCAAGAAGUUGCCAAAACCAAACCACGACACAAUGCAAAACCUCUUCAAGCACCUGCGCAGGGUGAUUGACCACGGAGAGGCCAACCGCAUGACCACCCAGAGUGUGGCCAUCGUGUUCGGACCCACGCUGCUCAGGCCCGAGACCGAGACGGGCAACAUCGCGGUCCACAUGGUCUACCAGAACCAGAUAGUGGAGCUUAUACUGCUCGAGUACGAAAGCAUCUUCGGCAGGUAGAGGCGCCUGCUCAGAGGAGGAGGCCGGGCUUUUCAAACGCAGACUUCUUUUCCUUUAUCCCCCUUUUUCUUUGGCUGAACUGAACAAUGCUGUGGACCAAGCAGUCUGGGAGGAAAUAAUCUCACUUACAUUCAUUGACAGGACAGUUUACGAAAGUGUUGCACUUACAGAAGUUUUUCAGAGGAAUUCAAAAGAGGUGUACAGGUGUCACAGUCGCCAUUCCUGCUGGAAGUAGCGGUUUGGAUGACGGACAGUGUUUCAAAGUGAUGCCGUGAUGACGACGCGCCGACGUCUGUGUGAUGUGGUGGAUUUGAGUAUUCAGGUGUUUUUGCGUACACUGGAUUCCCAUGGCCAGUAAAUUCAACGUGGAGCUGGUGGCCGGCGUGCUGCUCCUGGAAGCUGCACCUCGUCAUCUUUGCUGGAGGAAGGAGCCGAAUCUGAACUGGAGAAGUUUUCUGUGUCGUGGAGCUUUGUCUGUGAUGUGUCAGCCCUCUGUGGUUUUGGAUCAGGUGGAAAAUAAUAAUCAGUGUUAUGUUAACGGACUUGUCUUUUGGCACUUGGAUGAACUGGAGUGACAGAUUGUGCCCCCCACCCCCACCCCCCACCCCACCCCACAAUCCCACUUACUUUAGUGACACCAUCAACCCCCUCCCCUCCCUCACCUCCACUUCCCCCUUUCAACCAGUGUUAACCAUUAACCCUGCUCCAUGAGCGUCCCAUGACUUGAAUGACGGAGGGAGGACAGACCCUUUUUGUAUGUGUGUGUCUGUGUGUGACUGUGUGUGUGACUGUGUGUGUGAGUGAAUUAACCUAAAUGGAAUAAAACCUGAGCAGAAGCAUCCUCGUCUUGCCACUGUGUACAAACUGUGUGUCGUGUAGUCUAACGUGCUUUGGUAAAGUUUCCUUUAAGCUGUGGGGGUGGGGGGUGGGGGCUGGGGUGGGGUGGUGGGGGGGGUCGUUGUCCGUGCUCUUUUAUGAACUUCAGUGUUAGUGUCUCUACAGUGGCAGGAAACAUAACCGAGACCACGGUGUGACUGGAAAACAACAAAUAGUGAUUUCUGAGAACUGCUGUGUCACCAUUGUCACAUGUGUUGUGUCUGACUCUGACCCCUCCCCUCGCCAUUGCUAAUAUUAACGAGUAUUCAGAGAAGGGAAACCGGCGAUGAGGAUAUUUCAAAGGUUGGCGUAUGGGAGUGUGUGGGUGUUAGAAUGAAAAUAAGAGCCUUUAAAAAACCUUUCAGAGCAUAUGUACAGUAACAGAAGCUAGUUGUUAAAAUGUGUUAUAGUGACUGAGGUGUGUAUGCUUUGAUGGUGAACCAGUGAAAGAUGAUUUUGAUUUUGUAAAUUUGAAUUAAAACAUGAGAAUGCACAGAUUGUGAAACAAAAAAAAAAAACAAACAAAACAAAACACAUGAUCGACUGUUACUUUUGUUUGGAAGUGUAUCUGGAGUGUUUGCGCAUGGUCAGCUGCACAUUUUGAAUGUAAUUUUCAGGCUAACUGCUAUUUGUGAAAUUGCUAUGUCUAAUAAAAAAGACAAAUGAAACAUGA